CGGAAAAUCACAUGACACAGCUCCUCCACUCCCACGACACCUUUGUGUUCCCUGCGCGCGGGCGGGCGGUGACGCAGUGUCAGGUGUCCCGGUUUCACCAAAAGAGUCGCAACGGAAGUUCGCACAGGUAUUUAUAUAGCUGCCAGAGAUGGAAAGUGGUCCAUUCAAUCGACGGUCAUGGGCAGCACAGUCCCUGCGCGUCACUGCGAAGGAGCUGUCCCUCAGCGGCCGGGGGAAAAACAAUGCCAUCGCCGAACGCUUCUCCAAGUACCAGAGGGCGGCUGAGGUGUCCAGUGGCGAGAAGAAAAAAGGACCUACUGAGGGUGCAUCGGCCUCGCUGCGGUUGGGUAACCUCAGUGCUUUGAAGAAGCGCUGGGAGCAGGCACAGGUGAAGCCUUCCUCUGUCCCACCUCCUAGCCAGUCCAGCACCCGCAACAGGCCUCCUGCUCUGGCCAGACCUGCUUCUAUCGCAGAGCCCUGUCCUCCAUUAAAGAGCCCCGGCCUGCCGACCGAUCAGGGAGGUCAGCUCACAGCCAGUCGUGUCCUGCAGCCCGCAGCAGCACCAGAAGCAGCCGAAGGUGAAGAGCAGACAGGGAUGGACAGGGAGGAGCAAGUUCCAACCAGCCCCCGUGCCUCUUAUGAAAGAGCCAGAGUGCCACUGACCAACCUGAAGAUGAAGUUUGAGAGGAGAGAGGAAACCACGGGCAAGGGGGGCAGGACAAAACUACGCAGUACUUCAUCAGAGGACAUGGACCACCAUGGUGGUCUGUCUGUGCCUGACAGAGCACUGGAGACCACAUCCAUGAAGGAGAACAUGGCAAAAUACCGGGCUGCUGUUGGUAAACAGGCCCCAGAGGUGCCGCUUCCGAAAACAUCUGCACCUGUAAAUCCAAACCACGAUCCCACACCUGAGUACAAUGGGGGCGGUGAGCAACCCAAAGUAUCAAGGAAGUUCAGCCCACCGGUGAAGGAUACGUGCAUCGCUUGUCAAAAGACCGUCUACCCGCUGGAAAGACUGAUGGCUCUUCAGCACGUCUACCACAAAAGUUGCUUCCGCUGUGAUCACUGCAGCACAAAGCUCAGUCUUGGGAGCUAUGCCUCUCUGCAUGGCAACGUCUACUGCAAGCCCCAUUUCAACCAGCUGUUUAAAGCUAAAGGCAACUACGAUGAGGGCUUUGGCCAUCGGCCUCACAAGGAGCUUUGGGAGCCUCGUGCCGAGAGGGAUCAGGGCGAGGACGAGUCGAAGCCAAAGGAACAAGAGGAACCAGCCGCGGUGGCGCACCCGGGUGAAAGCACCUCAGACAAACAGGAGCCCUCAACGGUUGAAACAUCCCCGCAGGUGAAGGUGACGGACCUGACUGCCUUACUGGAGAAAAGCGUGCAAUCACAUGCUAGGUCCGGUGAGAAGCUGGAUGCUACAGAGAAGCUGUCUGAGAAACGCAGGCUGAGGGUUGCAUGGCCUCCCCCAGCUGGAGAAGGCCCCUCUGGUACCGAAGCACUUAGUCCGGUGACAGAGGGAGUUCCUUCGGGCCGACCGUGGAGAGCCAAGUGGCCCCCGGAGGACGAGGCGCCAUCGUCCUUCCGGAGCUCAGAUCGAGCUGAGCUGACGAGCCUGAGGAGGAGCUCUUCUCUGAAGGAGCGCAUUCGGCCUUUUACAGUCGCGGCCAAACCCAGCACCGCAACCAGCCUGGGACCCAGGGAACCCCGCCGCCCGCUCAAAUCCCUGCUGGACUGGAGAGCCUCAUUCGAGGAGAAGCACUCAUCCGAAGAGCCACCCAAGGAAAAUAAGCCAGAGCCUCAGCAGGGGAAACGGCAGGAGAAAAACGAGAAGACCAUGCCUCAAAUUCAAAGCCAAAACACAGCAAAAGAAAAAGAGGCCAUCUCCGAGGAGGACGAGGAGACCAAGCAACAGGCAGAAAAAGACAGUGGUAGCAGAGGAGAGGUAGCAGCAGAGAAGAAGGGGGAGGAAGAAAGCAUCUCCCCGGAAACCUUGGUGUCCCCUUCUCCACCAUUGCAGCCAAAACCGAACCGCGCCUCCCAGGAUGUGGGCUUCUGGGAGGAGGACAAGGAAGGAAGUGAUGCAGAAGAGCUGAGUGCAGAAGAUAUAAUUAAGAGGAACCGCUACUAUGAUGAGGAGGACUCUGACUCAUAGGAAAAACUCCCACUGUCACGUCUAUCCGCCAUAUAACACUUUAGAUAUAGAUCAAAACUGUUGCUUUGCCAGAUUUUAUAGUUAUAGGCAAGGUUUAAAAAGGUUUCUGUAUGUGCAUUUAUAUUGCAACUACUGCCUGUAAUUGUUAAAGUACAAAUAUUUGAUUGAUAUUUGAUUUUUAUAUAUAUAUUUUAAUUAUACUUUACAAUAUCUAAUAUGGCUUUUAUAUUGCUCCUGAUUAUACUGGAAAAUUGUCAUAUAUUAAAUUGAAUCAUCUCUAUAUAAUUAUAUGCACAAUUAGCAACUGUAAUGUGCAGGUUGUUUGUCUAAAGAAAUUUGACUGCAGCACUUUAGGUGUUUAUUAAUUACGGAACUGGUCUAAAUAACUACAAUAAAAGGAGAAAAUAUGAUGAAUCACAGGUUUCUACUGAUCACUAUUCUGUGUGGUAGCAAAUAAACAAUCUAUCUGGGCCUUCUGGAUGAGUGUUUAAAACUUUUAUAUGUGAUCCACUUAGUAUGUAAAACAUUUUGUAUUUUAGAAUGUGCCCUGGACUAUUUAUUUGCCCAGCCAAAUAUAUAUUUUCUAAUAAUUUGUAUAAUGAUCCAUCGGGCAUUACAGUCUGAAUUGUUGAAACAUAAUUAAAAUGUGUAAGACGAAAUUUUGACUGCAGUCCAUCUGGACUAAUAAAUAAACACAAUACUAAAAUCACA